AUGGUGACAAAUUUUCCCUUCAUAAUUCAAGCUGAUUUUCUUCUUGCAUCAUCAAGGGAAACAAUUCUCCUGGACAACAAAUGGAAUAAGGGUAUUCUUGAUUGCGUGCCCACUGCAUUUGUUAAUGCAUUUAUCUCGCUUGUUAGAUCUAUUGUAGAUGCUCCUGUGUCUAGUUUGCCUCAUAUGUUCAAGUUCCUGCCUGUCCAGAGCUCUUCCUAUGAAGAAUUUAAUGUUGUCAGGGAGUCUAUAAAGGCAAAAAUUGUUGAGGAAAGCAUUGUCCCUAGUGAGCCCCACAAGGAGCAGAAGUUCUUUUACAAACCUCGUGAAGUGAGUAGGUUGAUGCCUUCUUUUUGGAAUAUUUUGAGGAAGGCGGUGGAUCAAGGGGUAAGUUUGAUUAAUCUCUCAUCUCAUGGAAGAUAUGUUCUGUCAUAUUCAUUUGACAAGGUCGAGUAUGAUCACAUACUGAGUUUCCUGGGAGUUGAACCGGUAGACAAUGAAUGGUAUGCUAAAUGCAUCCAGGGUACUUCCAAUCUUGUAACUGGGGUGUCGGAUGUUGUCUACUUGGAGCUUCUUCUGUUUAUUGCUGAUAAUUGGGGGUCCAAAUUUUGCCGCUCUAGCAUCAAGAACAUAUCCUUAAUUAAAUGUGUGGGGAAUGGAAUUAAAUCUUUGUGCAGCAUAAGUGCAAUCCAGAAUAGUCGAAGUAAAGUUUGCCUAUCCAUUAAUUCUUGUCAUGUCUCAUGGCUGAUUGAUUGGAACUGCGAGUUUAUAUCCGUUGCUAGCCUUCUUUUUAUGCCAAAAAUCACACAGGAAGCUAUCUGGUCGUGUUCUCGGAAGGAGACAUUGGUGAAAUGGCUUUCGGAUCAAGUCAAGGUCUGUUCUGUAAGCCUAUAUGAAUAUGCAGUUGAUCUCUUUGACAAGUCACUUAAUGAGAGGAAGCUUGUUAUUGCAAUUGCCCACUUUUUGUAUCAGUCAUUGUGCAAAAGUUACAUGUCAGAUCGAGAAGUUGAUAAAUUAUGCAGAAUUAUGCCUCUGGUGGAUAAGUAUGGGAGCAUCAUCAAAGAUAGGGCUGGGGUUAUUGUCCCUGCCAAUGGAAGCAAAUGGGCGGGGUUAACUGAUUCUAAUAUGUGGAGAAAAGAAGGCUAUGUUGAGUUAAGAGAAGAUUAUUUGGAUUCAGGUCGUUUUGCUGGUAACUUUACACCACAGAAGAAGCUCCUUGAGUUUCUUAAAGUUCAUGCUGGAGCUUUGGAUGUCCCUUAUAUAUCUGCCCCAAGUGAUGGUAUAUCAUCAUUAUCUGGUCAACUUACUAAGCAAAAUACAUUUUUGCUUUUGGACUGGAUUCAUCACCUCAUGUAUCAAGGUGUUCGAAUCCCACAGAAGUUCUUGACGUGCAUAAAAGAUGGGGGCUGGCUGAAAGUUACUUUGAAUGGCUCUUCUGGUGUCAGGCCACCUUCACAGUCAUUCCUACUUAAGUCAUCAUGGGGAAACAUUUUGUGGGAUGGCUCCGUUUUUGUUGAUAUCCCAUUGAUUGAUCAGAGUUAUUAUGGUGAGAGAAUUAAUAGUUACAAGGACGAGCUGAAAAAGAUUGGAGUCAGGUUUGAGUAUGCUGAAGCAUGUGAAUAUAUGGGGAAGCAUCUAAUGUCUCUUGCUUCGUCUUCCACUCUAACCCGAGACAAUGUACUUUCUGUGCUACGUUUCAUCAAGUUUUUAAGAGACAAGUAUCUUUCCCCAGACGAUUUUAUCUGCAGUAUUAAAGAAGGCCAGUGGCUUAAAACAUCCCUUGGCUUCAGGUCUCCGGUAGGAUCAGUCUUGUCUGAUAAAGAGUGGGAAAUUGCAUCAAAAGUAAGUGACAUUCCCUUUAUCAAUAAAGCAUUCUAUGGUGGUGAAAUAUGUAAAUUCAAAACAGAACUUGAGUUGCUUGGUGUGGUUGUCUCCAUCAGCAAAAGUUACCAGCUUAUAAUUGACAACCUGAAAUCACCUUCUCGCUUAACUUCUCUGCCAGCUGAGGCUGUUCUAUUGAUGCUUGAAUGUAUGCAGCUUUCCAGUUCAUCUGAGAAACUUGUCAGAGCAUUGAAAGAAAUUAAGUGCCUGAAGACAACAGUUGGUUACAAGUCUCCAAAGGAAUGUCUCCUGCCCCAACUUGAAUGGGGCUGCAUUCUGCAGGUAUUCAGUGGUCUCCCAUUGAUUGAUCACAAUUUCUAUGGAAAAGGAAUAUAUUCCUACAGAAAUGAGUUGAAGAAAACAGGGGUGGUUGUUGAUUUUGAUGAGGCUGCAAAAGUAUUUGCUCUCUAUUUCAGGCAGUAUGCAUCAUCGGCUUCCAUCACCAAAGAAAAUGUUGCAUCUUUUCUGUCCUGUUACAGAACGCUGAAGGGAACUCCAUUUAAAUUAUCUGCAGAUCUUAAGAGCUGCAUUCGCGAGGUAAAGUGGUUGCGUACUCGCCUUGGUGAUUAUAGAUCUCCAAAAGAGUGCAUUCUGUUUUGUUCUGAUUGGGAAUCUAUCUCUCCCAUAUGCCUUCUCCCUUUUAUUGACGAUUCUGACACUUGUUAUGGCAAGAAAAUUCAUGAAUAUAAGCAAGAGCUGAAGAGCUUGGGGGUUGUUGUGGAAUUCAAGGAUGGGGUCAAGUUUGUGCCUUCUUGUCUUUAUCUUCCCCAGAAUCCGAGCUGCAUUUCUCGAGAAAAUGCACUUGCUUUGCUGGACUGCAUACAUAUUUUAUUGGAGGAGAAAGAUUACUCCUUUCCUGAUGUGUUCACGAAGAAAGUUUCUCAGGCAUGGCUGAAGGCUCACGAUGGUUACAAGCCUCCAAGCAAGUGCUUGUUGUUUGAUUCCGAGUUUGGUAAGUAUCUAAGGCAGACUGAUGGACCUUUCAUUGAUGAAGAGUUUUAUGGUUCUAAAAUUACAACAUACAGAAAAGAGCUCUCUGCAAUAUGGGUGAUUGUUGAAGUUGACAAAGGAUGUCCUUUGAUUGCCAGCCAGCUUGCUCUUCAUGAUGAAUUGUCCACUUUUGUUCGAGUAUAUAGUUACUUGAGUGAGUUUAAGUGGGAGCCGGAUAGCAAGGCUGACAAAAGGAUCUGGUUUCCAAAGGGAAAUCAGAAUGGAGAGUGGGUUAAUCCAGAAGAGUGUGUUAUAUAUGACAAGGAUGAGCUGUUUGGCUUGCAGUUGACUGUUCUGGAGAAAUACUUUGAGCAUAACCUAUUGGUGUUCUUCUCCCGUGCUUAUGGGGUAAAGUCCUGUCCUUCAAUUGAAGACUACUGCAGGCUGUGGAAGGUGUGGGAAAAUUUUGAAAGUGGAUUGUUGCAUGAUCAAUGUUGCAAAUUCUGGGGGUAUGUUUCAAAGCACUGGAAUUCAAAAACGGAGAAAACUCUUGCUGAGGCUUUGGUGAAAGUACCUGUUAAUUCAGGCUCCGCUGGAAUCUUGUUGUGCAACAAGGAAGAUGUUUUCAUUGCUGAUGACCUUCAGCUGCAGUAUCUUUUUGAACAGUCUUCUCACCAUGUUUUUGUUUGGUACCCUCAGCCUAGCCUGGCUUCCUUGCCUAGGACUAAGUUGCUUGAAAUUUACAGGGAAAUUGGUGUUCGUACUAUCUCUGAAUCAGUGCAGAAGGAAGAACUAUUCCUAGCAAAUGAUGUUGAACUACAGUUAAUUCCAACAGAGAAAUUGAUCGGGAAAGCGCUGCUCAGGCUGAUACUUGGUUUUCUAGCUUGUCCUCCCAUUAAAAUGGAAGCAGAGAAAAGGCAAAAAGCUGUCCGAGGUCUUGCCAAUGUUGCUGUUGUGGAGACAUCUGAACCAAUCACUGUAAGCUAUGAUCUACCAUUAUCUUCUGGGAAAAUUUUGAAUGUGAGAGGUAGCCGAAAGGUACGAUGGGAUAGAGAAGAUUCCAAAAUUUUCACCGAGAAGAUGGACAGAUCUGGAGGAUAUAGGAGCAUCAUUGAGUUUGCUACAUAUUUCUCUGAAGCAAUUUCUGAGUUUGUACUGUGGGAGAUCCCUGAUCAUAUACAUGCACUUUCUGAGCUGAUCAAGUUGGCCUUUGUGCUAAACCUUGAUGAGGAAGCAGUUACUUUCUUGAUGAAGUCCAAGAAUUUGCAGAUCUUCGUGGAGGAUGAGGAGUUUCUGAAUUCAGCCUACCAUUCUGAGUAG